ACCUAGGUACCUAGGUACCUAGGUAGUCAUGUCGGGACGAGCUCUCUAGCGGACCCUGACCCUGACCCUGACCCUGACCCUGACCCGACCGUCACCGUGCCGCAGCCACCUCUGGCUCGAGCCCACCUCGUCGCCCCCUUUGGCAAGGCAGCACCGCGUCCCCUACGCCGGCCAGGACGACGACGGUAAGAUGUAGCCUGCGCCGCCAUGUCUGCCACAGAUGAACAUGACGACACCAUGGCUGCCUCACAUCAACCCUCCACGGCAAGCACAUCAAUCGCGCCGCCUGCUUCCGUGGCUGCCAGCGCCAGCUCCCGGCGCAGGGAGCCUCCUCCUGAGCGGCCCUCAGACUCCCGCCGGCGUUCUCUGGUCAUCCUGUCCUUCUGGGUGGUGGUCCUCUGUCUGGGGCUGCCAGUAUGGUGGCAGACAACCACCAUCCCACGUGCCCGGCUGCCCCUGGACGAGAUGAUGGAUUGGGCUGCUGGCAAGGCCUGCCGCCCCGUCUUUCCCCUUCGCAUCUCCAUCCAGGCGAGCCAGCUGCAGGAACAGGAGGCCCAGAACUUGCUGCGCCUGACCCAGCACGCUCUGGACGACCUGAACGACUUCCCCGGCCACCACCUGCGGCUGCAGCUAGACCCCCGCGCCGGCGGUCUCAAUGGCUCUGCACGUCUUGAAGAGGCUGCUCUUGUCAUACGCCUUCAGCCCGGCGAGACGACAACCGCCUCGCUCCACCCCUACCAGCCCAUACUCGACGUCACCUACUCGCCCAACUCCAUCCCCUCUCCGAGCUCGUCCUCAUCGUCCCUGGCAGCCUACGUGGCCAGCGAGUUGCGGUCCACCUUUGCCGAGGAACAGACCAUCAUAUCAUACCUGCUAUCCACCUCGUCGGCCGCUCCCGAGCAUAAGCCCCAGCAGGGGCUGGGCCCCGACGCCGCCAGCACAAUCGCGAAACGCACAACCCGCUCUCUCAGGUACUCACCUACCUACCACCUCACGCUCUCACUCUUCACCGAUGGGCCCGCGCCCAGUAGCUGGGACAUUGAAUCCGCCAUCGACGAGUACAUGAAGCCGGUCUUGGAUGUCCUGGGGCCCAUCCACAACUUCACCAUUGACACACAGGUCCAGCUCUACGCCGCCCCCGGUGUCCAGUCUCCGGUCCUGAGCAAGGACGACCUCUCCUCCUUUAUCAAUGCCGCCGAGUGGCCGUUGUCCCCUUCGAUCGGCGGUGCUCCCACCGUGAAUUUUAUCGUCUUCGCGGGGAACCAAACUAUUGGCCUGCCCCCGCCGCACAAGGAUACGCACGCGCCUGGGACUGACGCGUCCGAGACCUCUCGCUCCUGGCUCAUCCCCCAAUGGGGAACCGUCUACCUCCUCCAUGUGAACCGCGACAAGACUCACAUUGCGGUAGAGGACCUCAAACAGCCGCUCCUGACAUUUACUACUCACCUGCUCUCUCUCCUCGGCACCCCGGCCUCCGGAUCCAUGCCACUGCGUCUCUCCACCCUCUCCCGCAUCCGCUCUGCAGACCUCCUGCUCCGCGCCUCUAGUACUCUGGGCUCGCUCGCCCGCCUGUCCCUCGCACUCCCGUCCAUGUCGAUUCCGCAGUCUGUAGCCGACGGUGUCAGCACCACGAUUUUGCAUCUCCGGCUGGCUUGUGAGAGCCUGGGUGCCCAUGAAGGGCUCCUCCACGCGCAGGUCGCAGAAGCCGCGGCUGAGAAGGCCUUCUUCGAGAAGAGCAUGGUUGGCCAGCUGUACUUUCCAGACGAACACAAGAUCGCAGUGUAUCUGCCACUCCUAGGCCCGGUGGGUGUGCCGCUGGUUAUGGGUCUGCUGAACGAGCUGGCUGCUUGGAAAAGGAGGAGGCGGCAGAAGAUCGAGAGCGGAAAGAGUAAGAAAGAUGUAUGAGGUUCAUCAAGUUAAGAUUAUCGAUGAUCGACUUUGGUCGAGCUCUUGUUAAUUCAAUGCUUGAUAAUUUUGCGCUUCCAUAAAUUGUGGAGGCCGACACACGGAGCUUGACAAUAGUGUUUUCUGAUCGCUCUCCGUUCGGCUUGUUGCCGACCCCAUGUGGAGCUCAGCCAUGGACACCUAUCAUUAUUUUACCAGUAGUAUCAUCAUUAUAUGUUUUCAAAAUACUAGGUCACCACUGUAUGAAAGCG